CCAAACGCUCUCCCUUAGUAGUGGAGGUCAGAAAAAAAACUUUGGGAAAGAAUCCCUGGAAUUUGUUUCCUGUGAAAUUUGGCAAGAGUAGCAGCGGACGAGCGGACGGCCAAGAACAGGGUCGCAUUGAGCAAGGUCUGAGGAGAUGGGAGCUCAGAGCAGCGCAAUUACAGACGGAGUGGGGAGAAAGAUGAGAGCGAGCAGGGUCUAGGAAAGUUUACUUCUACGGGAAUUACCCACUUUCCAACCUCGAUCGGAGCGGACAGACUUGAGGGAUUUAGACAUGGCUGAGCCCUUGCUGAAGCGAACCUUCUCGCGGCUGCGGGGAAAGGACCGAUCCCGGCGGAAAACGGACACCAAACUCAAUGACAUACAAGGGAAGAGCGACACCACUCCGACCUCGUCAUCGUCAUCAGUGCUGGUGUCUGCACCCCCCCCGGCAGAGGAUUCCCCCCCCCUUCGGACUCAGAUCACCGUUGCCAAGAAACGGCAGUGGGCCAAGCAAGCUUGCUCCUUCAGGGACCCCCAUGCCCAGGCCUCCAGUCUGGCCUACAGGUCUCAGGAUCGGGAAAGCAGCUCAGGAAAGGCCCAGGCUUCUCCACCGGCCUGGAGCCAGAGGACAGUGACUGAGGACGGCUUGGAGAGGGGACAUGCCAACUCAGGCUGUGAGCAGACGCUCUCUACGCCCCCCUGUGAGUCUCCCAGCGUCGGCACAGGCCUCCCAGAGCUCACCCUGCCGCUGGCUGGCAUCCCUGAGAUCUGUGUCCCCUGUAGCACGGUCAAGCUCUCUGGCCAAGGAGCCUACCUUCAGAGCCUGGACAGGAGUAGCCGAGCCUGGAUACUGUCCACAGGAAAGUCCCAGGCGUCGGAGGAGGCCAGGUGGCUGCUGCCCUCUGGCUGUUUGUCAGAGGGGAGGCAGCAGGGCCUGGAGGGGGACAAGAACAUCUGGUACAACCCCAUCCCCGAGGAGGAGGACUCUGGGGGGGGGGCGGGCAGGAUAGACCGAGAGAGGGACAGAGACAGAGAGAACCCCUGGCGAAGGAGAGGAGAGGUGGAGGGAGGGGGGGACAGCGUGCUAGACCCCCAGACCAGAGCGCAGAGGCGGGCAGGGCUGGUGGUGACGGCCGACAUCAGUGGAGGGGCAGCGUGUCUGGAGCGCCAUGCCACCCAGUGUCCAUCAGGUGGAGCCAGUCCAGGGAGUGCCCACCGCACCUCUGACAUCACAGCAGAGAACACAGACCUGCUCCAGUGUGAGCCUAUGGUGUCCGCGUCCUCAGACAGCCCCGCCUCUCAGAAGAAGGGAGGCGGGGCAAGCCCCAGCGGGGCCUCAGAAAGCCCCGGCUCUCAGAAGCGUGGGGGUGGGGCCAGCAGCAUGAUCGACAGGAUCAAAUCUCCGGGCACCGUCAGGAAACUCUCCAUGAAGAUGAAGAAGCUUCCGGAACUCCGACGUAAACUCAGCCUGCGCUCCUCGCGCUCUGCCCGUCAGACGGCCACCAGCUCCUCGGCGGCGAAGGAUGGCGAGGGGUCGUCGGCGCCCCACUCUCCCUCCGGCGGUCGCAAGGAGGCGUCCAGUAACGUCAUCAGCCGCUAUCAUCUGGACACCAGCACCCCGGCGCGCCCGCAGAGACGAUCCUCCAGGGGGCGCCACACCAGCAAAGGGGGAUACCUGAGUGACGGGGACUCCCCUGAGCUGCUCCCCAGACAGGCCUCCUCCUCCUCGGCCCCCCGGGGCAGUGGGGGGGUUACAGGCCAGGAGGGAGGGGUGAGGGAAGUGAGCGAGUUCACCCUCUACAAUGGAGCCGACCAGCCCAGGUGUGUCCACCGGGUGUCUGGCCUGCUGACUGUGCACCUGCUGGGGCUAGGCGAGCUGCUCAGGUGCUCUGUCUCCCAGGGCCCUGGUUCUGUUGUCCCUUGUCAUGGUUCCAUUACCCCACCAAGCCUUGCUCCUGGUUCGACUGCCCCUGCUCCCUGUAGGCCUGAGGCCAGCAAGGAAGUGUUCUGUGCCAUCCAGGUGGACGGGGUGACGCGCGCCCGCACCUCCCUCCUCACCUGCCGCGGCCCCGCCCUCCCUCUGAACCACACCUUCCACCUGGAGCUGGAGAGGGCCAAGCUGCUCCGUCUGGUGGUGCUCAGCCCACACACACCCAGUACCAACCAGGGCCAGGGCCAGGGCCAGACCCGCAACCGGGUGUGUGGCCUGGGGGCCAUCUCCAUACCUCCUCUGUUCAAAGCGAGUCGUUCCCAGCAGCUGUGUGUGCGUCUGGAGCCCCGGGGCCUGCUGUAUGUGAAGCUGACGCUGCAGGAGCAGUGGGACCCUCCGUCCCCCCGCCCCUCAGACCAGCAGCCCCCUGCCGUGUUCGGCCUGGAGCUGCGCCACCUGGUGGACAAGGAGGGCUCUGCCUUCCCCGUGCCACUCCUCAUCCAGAAGUGUGUGGCUGAGAUCGAAAAGAGAGGCCUUAAGGGGGUGGGCCUGUAUCGUCUAUGUGGCUCAGCUGCCGUGAAGAAGGAGCUGAGAGACGCGUUUGAGAGAGACAGCGCUGCCGUGACCCUUAAUGAAGACCUGUAUCCUGACAUCAACGUCAUAACUGGCAUUCUGAAGGACUACCUACGGGAGCUGCCGUCGCCCCUGAUCACCAGGACCCUGUACGAGGUGGUGCUGGAGGCCAUGUCGUUGCGUGCCUCCCGAGCUGCAGACCUGCGUGCUGCAGAUCCCCAGCUGUCCCAGAGCACGGUGGCCUUGCUGCAGUGCCUGCCUGAACCUGAGAGAGCCACUCUGUCGGUACUGCUGGACCAUCUCAGCCUUGUUGCCUCCUGCAGCCAUAGUAACAGGAUGACCCACCAGAACCUGGCUGUGUGUUUUGGCCCGGUGCUGCUGACCCCUACCCAGGAGGCCUGGAAGCCCUAUCCUCCUGGAGGGCCUGCUGGGUCUGUGGCGCCGGCGGGCCGAGGGGGGCGGAGCUUUGCGCACAGUGAGGAGAUUGCCAGUGCUGUGGACUUCAAGAGACACAUUGAGGCCCUCCACUAUCUGCUGCAGCUCUGGCCAGUCCCUAGAGCCAGAGACAGCAAUGAGCCCCAACCCCCUCCCUCCUUACCCAGCCCUGGUACCCAGAAUCCGUUGCAGCGGCAUUGUCAGCGUCUUCCCCUGCGCCUUGACCUGCCGCAGGAUGUAGUGGUGUCACGGAGGGGGCGUGGCCGCCUGGAGAGCCCCCCUUGCAAUCGUUACGCUGGCGAUUGGAGUGUGUGUGGUCGAGACUUCCUAUCUGGGGAGGAAGCUGAUUAUGACGAGGUGGCAGGUAGCGAGAGUGACCCAGAGGAAGAGGAGGAAGAAGAAGAGGAGAAGAAGGAGGAGGGAUGGUCCUCGUAUGUGGAUGACUUUGCCCUGGACUUUGAUGCUCCAUUCAGCUGCAGACUAAGUCUGAAGGACUUUGAUACACUGAUCUCGGACCUGGAGAGAGAGCUGUCUAAACAGAUCAAUAUCUGUCUUUGAGGAGAGGAGACAAGACAAGAUGAGAAGAAAAGGGGCAGAUAGUAAACAAAUAUAUAUACUAGUCAAUUACCAGAGAAAGACGACAAGCAAUACUCAUUGCUUCAGUAAUGUCCACACGAUCUUUAAGUCUUGUGAUAUAAUCUUAUUAGAAAUCUUACUCCCUGUCAGACUACCACAAACGAGAAAUAUUCUGCACCAAUAGAGGGCAACAUUCCAGUUCCCCUGGCAAACAUCAUGUGUGCAUCAGCUACUUGGUAGACCAGUUUCUGUGCCUUUUGAACAGGUGCCAGUCAGUUUGACUUGCAUACUGGCAUUUGUUCAGUAAAGCUUGUGCCAAAAAGUAUUUAUUUAUUUGUCCAAUCCAAAGAAGUUCAGUUGUUUAUCCUUAGCAGAAGGAUUUGAAGAUGUAAUUCUAUGAGAAUUACUUUGAGAAAUCCCCAGGAAUAUGGAGGGCCGAUAAACAAUUUUAUUGUUCUCAUUUCUGACUAAGAACAUUGAAAAAUCUGACAUUUGAUGAUGUCGGAGAUGCUGUGUGUUUCUGGUCUUUUGCACAGUAGAUGAAAGCACACUCACACAUGCACACACACGCACCAUUCCGUGCCAAAGAUCCCCAGUAUGAUCCAGGUUGAGUGUUAUACCUGAAUGUGAAUUGAUGUGAGUUUGAUUGAAACGUAAGCACAACUCUCACUGUGGACACACACACUUCUGCUUUAGAAUCACAUGCUCUGACCAAAAGCUCCAUUUACAAACUGUGUUGCACUUGAAUUUAGAAGGAAAAAAACACCCAUCUGUUGUUUAGUGAUGUUUUGCUGCUUACUGUGUCAUGAUGCAGUACACAAGGUAGUCAGCGUUUAGUAUUUUGAUGUGUGCACGGUACAAUAUUUGAUCAACUGUGACAUUUGAACCCACAUAAGGAAUGCUAUGGCCAUAAAUUGGAGCAGUCGCUCCCAAAAAAAAAAAGAGACAGCUUCCUUUGUUUGUUUUUGUACUUUGUUAUUGAGUUGCAUUGUUGUAUGAACAGUAUUACUUGGUAUUGCACAAUUACAAUAAGCACUUAUGUUGUUUUCUAUGCAUAUCUGUAACCAAGGCUUCCAGUUCACUUUCUGCCUGGGCCUCGGCAGCAAGCCAGUGUUAUAUCAACCCCAAAAAAAUAAAGCACAUUAUUCUA